UCCGUUUUUUUUACAUGCGCUUGAGAAAGGAAAAAAAUGAUAUAGGAAACGCUAUCUGCAUUUUCCAGCCACGUAAAGCACAAUAAAAGCAAAUUUCGUUUCACAAACUAAGAAAAAGCACAAGUGCGUUGCGUUCAAUGAUUCAAUGCAAAUAUAUAGUACCAAUACCACUCAGCUGAGCUUGGCAUAUCUAAAAACGCGUGAUUCAUCAUGUAAAAAUGAGGCGUAAUUUGCGGCAUGGCAUGAUCAAUUCGAGCUUUCAAACAUUUUUACUAAAAGGACAAAUUGAGACUGAAACUAAAUUGCAACGAACGCAGACACGUUUGCAAAUUAUAUAAAAUCAGUCAUCUGUGGGACGACGGAAUGCUAUAAAAUUCAUUUAUAAAACAAUCACAUUUCUGAAUUUUACUCUACAUUGCAGAGCGAGCCAGAAAACCUUAUUGUUUCCAGAAUGCAGCGCUAUAUGCCACAAGAGAAUUUCAGUUUCGAAAACGACGAAAAUCCUAACGAUGGUAGUCCUGGUGAUCGGAAACCAACAUCUGAAACAAGUUCGCUUGCCGACGAUCCAAGGCCUGAAGAUCAGGAGCGGACCCAAACUCGAGAACCCAGAGAUUACGGACCGGAUCCCCGCAAUUACGACGAUGGCACACCACAACGACCACCACCACCACAACGUUACAAUUCCGCGCCACGUCCGCAGCGCGACGGCAGCAGAGACCGAAGAUAUGAUGACGAUCGUUCAGGAUAUCCAGACCAAAACCAACGACGCCAAAGCUACCCAGAUAGGAGAGAAGAAGACGAUCGCUAUUAUAGAGACCAAUAUAGACAAGAUCCUAAAGACAAUCGUCAUGAGUUACAGUACGACAACAGACGAAGACCUGACUACUCUAAUCGUCCACCACCGAGUGAAGACCGACAAACAUACGACAGUCGACAACGGCCAUACGACAAUAGGCAACCAUACGACAACCGACAACGGCCAUACGACACCAGGCAGCCAUAUGACAACCGACAGCGGCUAUACGACAAUCGGCAACCAUAUGACAACCGACAACGGCCAUACGACAACAGGCAGCCAUAUGACAACCGACAGCGGCUAUACGACAAUCGGCAAUCAUAUGGUGAUCGACAACGACCAUACGACAACAGUUCAACAUACGACUACCGACAGCCAUACGACAAUAGGGACCCAUAUGGCAACCGACGAGAGCGGUACAACAGUAGGGAGCCCCAAUACGAUAACCGACCAUAUUCUCAGUUUGACAAUGACAGGCCAGCUCAGCAUGACAACUACGACAAUCACAGAUAUCCGGAACCCCGGGGCCCAAAACCUCCGAAAGCACCUCUGAGCAAUGAGCCCGACUACGUUGACCCUAAAUACGGACAGCGUCCGGUCUAUGACUUCGGGUUUGGAACUGGGAAAAAGCUGGGCUUAACACCUUCCACCCCUCCCCCCACUUACACAGAAACAGCGCCUUUCGUUCCCAAGUCAGAGCAAAGUGAGAGAGCGCAAGAACCUCUGACUGUCUCCUCUACAGUGAAUCCAUCAAUGCAGACUCCACAGCUCGAAAUGAACAGCCAGAAUGACGAGGGCCAGGGGAUGUAUCGUCGAAAUAAUCAAGGCCAGAGGAAUGACACUUUGAACCGACAGUUUAACACGAGAGAAGGCACUCAUCCCGCAAUAGCGCGCGCAUUUCACAACGACAACAAGAGCAUCGGGUCUUCAGUAGAGGACAGCCACAGACAACAGCUCAGACGAGAGAGAGCUAGAUCCAUGGAAUCAGAUAGCACUCAUCAAAAAUCCACCAACAGUCAAUCGUUCAUGUCACCUUCCAAAGACACUUCAGGAGGAUGGAAAAAAGGAGGAGAGAACAAACUGGAGGUGAUCAGAGGAGGCAAGGAGAGGGAGCAGUGGGACAACAAAGUACAGUACCUGUUGGCAGUGGUUGGAUAUGCUGUGGGGUUGGGAAAUAUAUGGAGGUUUCCCUAUCUAGCCCAGAAGAACGGAGGAGGCGCUUUCCUCAUCCCCUACCUCUGCAUGUUGGCAAUCGAGGGAGUCCCGCUUCUCAUUUUGGAACUGCACAUCGGACAGAGGUUCCGGCGAGGUCCUCUUUUGGCUUUCCGAGACAUGAGCAAGUAUGCAGUCGGAAUCGGCAUGGCUUGCAUGGUCUCUUCCUUUUUCUCGGCCUGUUAUUACAACACAGUAAUAUCCUACUGUAUAUUCUACAUGGGGAUGUCAUUUCGCAAAACUCUUGCAUGGGAAAGUUGUCCCGAUGACAGUGGUGUUAACACUAGCGAGUGUAAUUUAGCAGGACCUGCCUCUUACUUCUGGUAUCGCGAGACACUCAACAUUGCGGACUCAAUCGAGGAUUCUGGUGGUGUAAGUUGGAAAGUGUUCGUGUCCACUUUGGCAGCAUGGACUCUGAUUUGUGUUUGUCUAGCUCGAGGAAUCAAGUCAUCGGGAAAAGUGGUUUACUUCACAGCAACAUUUCCCUAUUUGGUGCUGACUAUUUUCUUCUUUCGUGGCGUCACUCUCGAAGGCGCAGGAGAUGGACUCAAACACUUGUUUAAGCCCGACUUUUCCAAAAUCUACGACGGACAAGUGUGGCGCGAGGCGGCCAGCCAGAUCUUCUUCACUCUCUCCCUUGCAGGAGGGGGACUCAUCUCCAUGUCCUCCUACAAUAGCUACAACAACAACUUCGCCAAGGACGCCAUCAUCGUCGCAUGUGCCAACAGCCUCACUUCACUUUACGCAGGAGCUGUCAUAUUCUCAAUUGUCGGGCACAUGGCGACCGUGGAGUUUAAUGAAUGCACCAAGCAAUUUGAGAUGGACAGCGCCGCUCUGCAAGUGGACCCCUCCAACAACCCUUGUAAUCUGGACACCUUCAUGACUGAAUCUGUCUCUGGAAGUGGACUCGUCUUUAUUACCAUCGCAAAGGCUUGUACUGAGUUCGGCAGUGCAGGACCCUUCUUCGCCAUCGUGUUCUACUUCAUGUUGAUCACACUGGGCAUGGACAGCAUGUUCGGGAUCCUGGAAGCAGUCAUCACCUCUCUCACAGACCUCAACUUCUUCAAGAACAUCCGAAAGCCAGUCAUUGUCGCCGUGUGUUGUGGAUGUGGCUUCAUGUUGGGUAUCACAUUCACCGCCACCACUGGCGAGUAUGUGUUCCAGAUGUUCGACGAGUACGUCGCCUCCUAUCCUCUCUUCAUCAUCGCACUCUCAGAAGUCUUAGUGGCAGGCUGGCUCUACGGCAUCGAUAAUUUUGCACAGGACUUCUACCUUAUGACUGGUCAGCAGCCAUUCAUUCUUCUCCUCGUGAUGAUCAAGUUCGUCUGUCCCACCGUCAUGAUCAUCAUCUUCUUCGUCAACAUUAUCUACUUGUUCAAAGACGGGGCAUCCUACUCCCGAUACAACCAAAACUUGGGAUCAACAGAGCCUACACCCUAUCCCGGAUGGGCCAAAAUGGUUUGUGCCAUGUUAACACUAGUAUGUACAUCAUACAUACCAAUUAUGGCAGUAUACGUGCAUUUCACGAAGAAGAAACUAUUCUCCCAAGAAGAGACGGAGGAUUUUCCAGAACAAGAGCUGUUCAAGCAUUACGAUUUGGGCGCCAAAGAUCCUUAUUAUCCUCCUGUGCUGCUGAGAAAAUUUAGGAGGGAAGUUUCGGUGUCAGAUGACAUACGCGAUCGACACGCAAUCGAUGCCUUUUCUGACCCCAGAUCAGACAAAUCAAGUAACCUAGAUGACAUGUUGUCCAUUCGAAGCAAAGUCGCUUCUGAAACAUCAAGUGUGAAAAACUAUCAUGAGAACCAAUCAUAUCAGCCGGACCAAGCAAAGGAUGUGAACUCUUUAAACAACCAGGAAUUACACAUGGAAACAGCAAUAGAUGCCAAUGACCAUGAGUUCUUUUAGAAUAACAGAACAUCAAGUCGACCUCUAUUUUUGUACCUCUAUUUGAAAUUCGAAAAAUAUACUUCUCAAA